GACACUUAAUAAUAUGUUUUUAAACUUUCACUUUACAUUUCGCAUUUAUAAAUAAAUAAACUAUUCCUUUGAAAAACUUUUUGAUUGUUUGUUUAUGUUUUUUUUUUCUUUGUUGAAGGUAAUUUGAGGUGAUUAGAAGUAGCGAAAGUUUACCGCUGAUGAAUGUUUAAGUUAUCACGCGUUAUUAUUAUUGACUGACUAUAUUUUAUUUGAUUAUCAAUGCGAUCUACGUACUAUAAAUACUUAUGGGGGUCACAAUGACAAUCAUGUUCAGUUUUUCUUUGACUACCAAACUGACAGGUAUCAGGAUGAAAUUAUUGUUGGUCAUAGCAUCUUGUUUGGUCAUUACCUCAGCUAUUCAAGUGGAUACGAAGGAUAAAAAUGAGAGUAAAUUUAUAAAGAAACACACUAAACGUGGUGUGGUGAACUUGAGCUACGGAGUACCGCAGCAAGAUUAUCAUCAUUACCACAAUCAAUUACAUGAACACCAAGAGCCAGCACCAAUACAUGAACAUCCAUCGUCAGAUCAUCACUAUCCCGCUCAUCAAGAUCAUCAUUAUCCCGCACAUCAAGAUCAUCAUCACCAUCAUCCUGUACAUCAAGAUCAUCAAGAUCAUAUAUUAUUACCUCAACCUCAUCCCCAUCCAAUACAUCCAAUUCCAGUACCUCAACCAGUCCAGCCGGUGGGAAUUCCCCAGCCAAUUCCAGUACAUCAACCGGUGCCACAUCCGAUCCCAGUACCUGCACCAGUUCCCGUAGCAGUUCCUGUGGUUCAGACGGUAACGAAACACGUGGGUGUACCAUAUCCAGUCCACGUAGAUCGUCCAGUACCAGUUCCGGUACCUGUAGCGGUUCCAAAACCGUAUCCUGUUCAUGUUGAAAAAAUAGUACACGUUGAUCGGCCUGUUCAUGUGCCAGUUCAUGUACCUGUGCAUGUUGAUCGUCCUGUUCCUGUUCCUGUUCCACGUCCAUACCCAGUACACGUUGAAAAAAUAGUUAAUAAACCGUAUCCAGUACAUGUUGCAGUACCCGUUCAUGUACCGAAACCUUAUCCAGUACCUGUUGCUGUUCAGUAUAAAUAUAAUCAUGGAUGGUAAUCAU